UCUCUCUCUCUCUCUCUCUCUCUCUCUCUCUCUCUAUAUAUAUAUAAUAUAUAUAUAUAAAAAAAAAAAAAAAAACACAGACAGACAAUGUGCAAGCUACCUGCCUCCCCUCUCUCCUGCAAAUGCACUUCAAACCAACCUUACCUUCUCUCCAUCAAAGAGCCAGAACCCGACAUGUAUGCCCAUUUGGUCCCCAAAAGCCCAACACCAAAGCAGCAGCAACAACAACUACCAAACCAAACCCAACAACAGGACCAAGAGACCCACAAAGCCACCCAUGAUGAUCAUCUCUCUCUUUCCAUUAAAGAAGCCAAGUCCAUAGCUAAAAUAGCUCUUCCCAUGAUACUCACAGGCCUCUUACUCUAUUCUCGAUCAAUGAUCUCCAUGCUCUUCCUCGGCCGCCUCGGCGAGCUCGCCUUAGCUGGCGGUUCUCUCGCCGUAGGCUUCGCUAACAUCACGGGCUACUCCAUUCUCUCCGGACUUGCCAUGGGCAUGGAACCCAUUUGUGGCCAAGCUUUUGGUGCCAAGAAACACACCCUCCUUGGCAUUUCCUUGCAGAGGACUGUGCUUUUGCUUUUGUUUACCUCAUUUCCAAUAGCUCUUCUUUGGCUUAACAUGAAGAGAAUUCUACUCUUUUGUGGUCAAGAUGAAUCUAUAGCUACAGAAGCACAGUCAUACCUUUUGUUUUCCCUCCCUGACCUUUUAGCUCAAUCUCUUCUACACCCAUUACGAAUCUAUCUUCGAACUCAAUCCAUAACUUUGCCUCUAACAAUCUGUGCUACUCUAACUACUCUUUUACACGUACCCAUAAAUUAUUUUCUUGUCUCAAAACUUAGUCUUGGAGUCAAAGGUGUUGCUGUUAGUGGAGUAUUGUUUAACUUCAAUCUUGUAACUUUAUUAAUCAUCUACAUACUGAUCUCUGGAAUAUACAAGAAAACAUGGGGAGGACUAUCCAUGGAGUGCCUGAGAGGCUGGAAAUCGCUACUGAAUUUAGCCAUUCCGAGCUGCAUUUCGGUGUGCCUUGAAUGGUGGUGGUACGAAAUCAUGAUUUUGCUUUGUGGGUUGUUGGUAAACCCAAGAGCAACAGUUGCUUCAAUGGGUAUUCUGAUCCAAACCACUGCUCUCAUCUACAUAUUCCCAUCAUCUCUAAGCUUCAGCGUAUCAACACGUGUAGGCAACGAACUGGGUGCUAGUCAGCCAUCAAAGGCAAAGUUCGCAACCAUUGUAGGCUUGUGUUGCAGCUUCGCUUUAGGAUUUUCAGCUCUGGUUUUUGCAUACAUGGUGAGAAACGUGUGGGCUACCAUGUUCACACACGAUAAAGAAAUCAUAGCUCUAACAUCGCUUGUUCUGCCGAUAAUUGGGCUCUGUGAGCUCGGAAACUGCUCUCAGACAACUGGUUGUGGGGUUCUGAGAGGAACAGCGAGGCCAAAAGUGGGAGCAAACAUCAAUUUAGGUUGCUUUUACCUAGUUGGAAUGCCAGUGGCAGUAGGGUUAGGGUUUUUAGUGGGGUUGGAUUUUGAGGGGCUUUGGCUGGGUCUGUUGGCCGCCCAGAGCUCGUGUGUGGUGACGAUGUUGGUGGUUUUGGGAAGGACAGAUUGGGAGUUUGAAGCACAGAGAGCUAAAGAGCUGACUGGGGCUGUAGUUGUUGCUGGUGAUGACAGCGAAGAAAUUGAGGAAGAUAAGCUAUUCAACAAAGCUGAAACCAAAGAAGAUUCUUCUUGUCUAUUUGGUAGUGAUUUAGUUUAGGAUGCUCGUUACUUGUUUAAUCUUUUUAUUUUUUUUUUUCUUCUUAUUUCUAUUUUUUUUUCACCUAAGUUGUAAAGCAGUGAGGGAGAGAGAGGGGGGGGGGAAGGCUUUCAAAUUUUUU